UCUACUGGAUAAAACGUUCGAGGUUCGUGAUCCCUACGUCAUAGCGAUGGAGGCCCUUGAGAUGGUGGGCUGGGAGCUACCGUACCACGCUGCCUUUUACAACUGUGAGCACUUUGCUAUCGAGAUGCGAUACGGCAAGGCAGAGUCUGGACAGAUUAAUGAAAAACCAGGAGACCUGAUCGAGAUCAACCGUGGGCUCUAUAAGCACUGGGCCAUUUACAUCGGAAAGGAUGAAGUGGUUCAUUUCAUCUCUGUAAAACACACAGGUGGUCUGUCAACUGGCUCGUCGGCAAAUCUGAGCAGCAGCAGAGGAGAGGUGAAGCGUGAGAAGCUCACCGAUGUGGUCGGCAAUGACAGUUACCACAGCAACAAUCUGCUGGAUAAAGAGUGCGAGGCUCGUGAUCCUUCCAUCAUAGUGAAGGAGGCCUGUGAGAUGGUGGGCCGCAAGCUACAGUACAACGCUGCCACUUACAACUGUGAGCACUUUGCUACCGAGAUGAGAUACGGCAAGGUGUGUAUCUAA